AAAGAAAUCCUUAACACACCACUGUUGACAGUUCAUGAGGCAUCUGUGGAGGAUCUUCUCUUGACAGAGCCAGAACCAGACCGUCCUGGGAAAUGCCAAGUCACAGGAGUCGUCCUGGGAGAUGGGAGCACAGUACAUGCUGGAAGUGUGAUCCUGACCACUGGUACAUUUCUGAGGGGUAUGAUCCUCAUCGGACUGGAGAUACACCCAGCUGGGCGGCUGGGAGACCAGCCAGCCAUCGGGCUGGCUCAGACUCUGGAGAACCUGGGAUUUGCUGUGGGCAGGCUGAAGACUGGGACACCGCCCCGCCUUGCCAAAGACACGAUUGACUUCAGUGGUCUGGAGGAACGUGCUGCUGACAAUCCCCCGGUGCCGUUCAGCUUCCUCAGCAAGGCUGUGUGGAUCAAGCCAGAAGAUCAGCUGUUGUGUUACCUGACUCGUACUACCGGGAAAGCUGAGCAAAUUAUCCGUGAUAACCUCCACCUGAACAACCACAUAAGGGAGACAACAAGGGGCCCGCGGUACUGUCCCUCUCUUGAAUCAAAGGUUCUGCGCUUCCCAAACAGAGAACAUCAGGUGUGGCUGGAGCCUGAAGGCUUGGAGUCCGAUGUCAUUUACCCCCAAGGCAUGUCGAUGACACUGCCACCUGAGCUACAGGAGCAGGUGAUCAGAUCUGUCCCGGGAUUGGAAAAAGCCAAGAUCUUACAGCCAGGCUACGGGGUGCAAUAUGAUUUCUUAGAUCCCCGUCAACUGACUGCUUCUCUCGAGUCUCGUCUUGUUCAGCGCCUCUUCUUUGCAGGCCAGGUAAAUGGCACUACAGGCUAUGAAGAAGCUGCAGCUCAGGGUGUGAUUGCUGGGAUCAAUGCUUGCCUACGGGUUCAUGGGAAGCCCCCUUUCAUUGUCAGCCGCACCGAAGGCUACAUUGGUGUCCUGAUUGAUGACCUGACCACUCUGGGCACCAGCGAGCCAUACCGGAUGUUCACCAGCCGCGUGGAGUUCCGCAUGUCCCUCCGGCCUGACAAUGCUGAUGCCAGGCUCACCCCCAGAGGUUUUGAAGAAGCUGGGUGUGUGUCACAGCAGCGAUACGAACAAGCAGUUAAAAUGAGAGCUGCUUUAGAUGAUGGAAUUGCAACACUGAAGUCCGUUCAGUUCAGCAUAUCCAAAUGGUCCCAGUUAAUACCAGAAGUUUCCAUCAGUAGCAGUCGAAAGUCGCCUAUCAGUGCCUUUGACAUUCUUCAGUAUCCGGAGGCCAACAUGGAGGUUCUGGCAAGGGCUGUCCCAGAGCCCCUGGGAAAGCUUGCUCAAUGGAGAGAACUGUCAGAGAGAUUGAAAAUAGAAGCUGCUUAUGAGUGGUGUGUAGUCAAUCAACAGCAGGAAAUAGAAGAAGUGCGUCGUGAUGAAGCCCUCCAACUGCCAGAGGACCUAGAUUACUUUGCUAUUGAUGCAUCGCUGUCAGCAGAGGUGCGGGAGAAACUGGACUCUAACCGUCCCCAGACGAUUGGUGCAGUCAGCCGGAUCCCUGGAAUUACACCAGCUGCUAUCGUUAACCUGCUAAGAUUUGUGAAAACCAAUCAUCAGAAGACAGAGAAGCUAAAAGCUUUACCUCAGACUGGCAAGUAUUUACCAGGGAAAAGGUACUCAGAGAAAGCAACUUCCCAACGACAGAUUUCAGCAGAGUUUUCUUAA